AACAGUGGGGGAUAAUAGCUUCCUUUACCAUGGGCAACCGUCACUCCUGUCUCCAUUGGCCGGGAGCUGCCCUCACUCUACUGGUGGUGCUGGGACUCCUCUGUUGCCAUGGCAGCCAGCCAAAGGGAAGUUCUGGUAUCGAGCUGGUGAACGCUGCCGCCCUGCUCCUUCUCUUCCUGCUCAACCUGCUGCUGGUGGGACGUCAGGAGCGGCUGAAGAGGACAGAGAUGGUGCGCCGUCUCAAGGGCAUCAUCACACAGCUCAGCGACUACCUGUCAGGGUGUGUGGGGGAGGUGCCGUGGUCUCCCUCUCAGUACCCCGAUCUGUACACACCCUCAUCCCCUUCGUGGUCCCUGCACUGGACCUACAGAGACUCCCAGCUGGUGAACCUGCCCAUCAGUCUGCUGGUGGAGGGGGACAUCAUCGCUCUCAGGCCGGGCCAGGAGGCGUUCGCUUCCCUCAGAGGCAUUAAGGAUGAUGAGCACAUUGUGUUGGAGCCAGGAGAUUUGUUCCCCCCCUUCUCCCCUCCCCCUUCCCCGCGUUCCACUGAGAAGAGAGGCCCUCAGAGCCCCCAGCAGCACCGCCUCUUCAGGGUGGUGCGGACUCCAGUACUGGACAUAGUCAGUAACAGUUUGGAGAUGGCGUUGGCUCGACCAAUCACAGUGCUGGAUAAUGAGAGGUUCACAGUGCAGUCGGUUAUCACCAAGCAUGUCUGUCCAGUGGUUCUGGUGGCCUUCCUGCUGGUCAACACUGUCCGCUACUUUAUUGAUGCACCCAGCCUCACUCCCGCCUGCUUCAAUUUCUUUCAACUUCAGUUGAUGGGUGUCCUGCCCGUCCUGCCCCUGCUCUUCCCCGUCAUGUGGGUGCUGCUGAACGCCUUCGGAGAGGCCAGGGUCCUCGCUGAGUUCAGCCGUGCAUCUCCAGCUGGUCUGGAGUUGCUGCGCUGUGUGUGGAGACACCUGCUUGGCGUCCUGAAGGGAGAGUCCCAGACCCUCUGUUACACUUCCAGCCUUUUACACACUCUGGGAUCUGUCACUGUGCUGUGCUGUGUGGAUAAGCAGGGUAUCCUGUCGUGGCCCAACCCCAGCCCAGAGACGGUGCUGUUCUUUAGCGGACGGGUGGAGCCGCCUCACAACAGCCAGGACGAUCUCAGAGACGACCUCUCCGUCAGCUCCUACUGCCGCGUGGAGGCAGACGAUGACCGGGAUGAGGCCCAGGAGGCGGAGGCUCUGCUCUGUCUGCCAGCAGAGCCAUCCACUCAGAUGGGGGAGGGGCCUGAGCCCAGCGAGACGUCACAUGACACCGCUCGCUCAUCGGACACAUUCCAGCAGCGGCGCGCCUGCCAGCCUGCACCCACUCGCACCAAACACCACUCGGGAUCCAACGUGAGCUUUAGCCGCGACACUGAGGGAGGCGAGAAUGACCCGGGCCAGGACUUUGGCUGCCCGGAGGCGGAGGCCGACGACUUUGUGUGCGACUACCACCUGGAGAUGCUGAGCCUGUCUCAGGACCAGCAGAACCCGACCAGCAUCCAGUUCGACGACCUCUCCUGGCAGUGCCACCUGCCGUCCCUCAAGCCUCUGGGCCUCAACAUCAUGCUGAACCUGUGCAACGCCAGCGUCACGCAGCAGCUCUGCCGCUUCUCCGACCACCUCUCCAACCUGGCCCUGCAGGAGAGCCACGGCUCCGUGCUGCCCGUCUGCGUGCCCUGGGGGCUCUGCGAACUCUCCAGGCUUAUAGGGUUCACUCCUGGUGCGCGGGAGCUCUUCAGACAGGAGAACCACCUGGCUCUGUACCAGCUGCCGUCUGGAGAGAAGAACAAGGAGUUCUCGUCUCGACGCCUUCAUUACUUUACCAAGCGGCAGCCUCCCAUCUCUCACCUCAUCUCCCUGUUUGUACGGGACUCUUCCUCCAAUAACGUCCAGAUGCUGUCACAUGGCUCAGCCGACCUCAUCCUCGAGUCCUGCACUGACUUCUGGGAUGGAACUGACAUCUAUCCCCUCUCAGGCUCUGACAGAAAGAAGGUUCUGGACUUCUACCAGCGGGCUUGUCUGUCAGGGUACUGCUCAGCCUUUGCCUACAAACCCAUGCAAGUAUCCCUGUCCAGCCAACUGAAUGGGAUGUGUGUGGAGCUGGCCCCCAGUCCCGGGCUCUUCUCCGGGGUGGAGCUGCCCUCCACCACCCCCAUCAAACAAAACUCCUGCAGGAACAGCUGGAGCUCUGACGAGGGUAUAGGUGAGGGGGUGGAGCGGGAGGACUGUGUGCAGGCCCUCAGUGGGCAGAUCUUCAUGGGCAUGGUGUCGUCCCAGUUCCAGGCCCGGCUGGACACCGUCCGACUCAUCGACUCCCUCGUCACCGCCUGUAUCCGCUUUGUUUACUUUUCCAUGGAAGACGAGCUCCGCAGCAAGGUGUUUGCAGAGAAGAUGGGCUUGGAGACAGGCUGGAACUGUCACAUCUCUCUGACUCCAAACGGAGAGAGUUCCUGUGACGGAGCUCCAUCCAGCCCCACGCAGGGCUCCAUGCAUGAAGAUUCUCGUGAUGAAGCUGAGGGCCCCCUGCUGACAGAGGAGGAAGCCCACUCUGACCUGGCCAGCUUCCAGCCCACAGACAGUGAUGUGCCCAGCUUUCUGGAGGACUGCAACAGGGCCAAGCUACCUCGGGGUAUCCACCAGGUUCGUCCUCACCUGAAGAACAUUGAUAAUGUGCCUCUUUUGGUGCCCCUCUUCACUGACUGCACCCCUGACACCAUGUGUGAGAUGAUGAAGAUCAUGCAGGAGAACAGGGAGGUCACAUGCUGUUUGGGAAGCUCCGCCAAUUUCCGCAACAGUCGGCUGUUUCUACAGAGUAACCUCAGCAUCGCUCUGGACCCUCUGUACCCCUCGCAGUGCUCCUGGGAGACGUUUGGAUAUGCCACAGGAGGAUUCAGCGACAGAGACGCUGAAUGCCUGUCUCCUCUGAGGCUCUCUGGUCAGCUCAACAGUCUGGGCUGCUCCGUCACCUUCCACCAAGGAGAGAGCGUCAGCAUGGUCAAGCUCAUCGAGCAGGCACGACACACAACCUACGGCAUCCGCAAGUGCUUCCUCUUCCUGCUGCAGUGUCAGCUCAGCCUCGUCAUCCUCCAGUUCUUAGCGUGUCUGGCUCAGCUUCCUCCUCCCAUGAACACCACUGACAUCCUGUGGAUGUCCUGCUUCAGCUGCCCGCUGCUGAGUGUGUCGUUUCUGGGGAAGCCUCCAGAGAGCUCAGUGAUGACGGUGGCGACAGGGAAGAACUUAGAUGCUAUUCCCAGGAAGACCCAGAACUACUUCCUCGGCUGCUUCCUGCUGAAGUUCGGCCUGACAGUGUGUGCCUACCUGGUGGCCUUCGGCUUCACCCUGCAGGAGUUCUGCUGUAGUAGCUGCAGCAGCUCCACCUUAGCUGAGAACACCACCACCUUAGCUGAGAACACCACCUUCACCUGCCUUCGUAUCCUCGCAGCCAGCUCUUCAGUGGACGCUCCUCACUGGUUCGGGGAGCUGUCAAACGGCCUUCUGCUCACUCAGAAGGUCAUGGCAGGGUUCCUCGUCUUACACACAGUGGUGAUCUCCCUCAGCUACGUCCACCGCUCGCAGCCUCUGUGGAGGAAGAGUCCCUUCAGCAACACCUGGUGGUGUCUCACUGUACCUGUGGUUCUGCUCAGUCAGUUGGUUCAGGCCACAGUGGAUUACCAGUUGUGGCGUGACCGUGGCAGCCUCCGGACCUUUGACCUGGGGGACAUCCCCCUGCUGGCCUGGCUGCUGGUCUCUCUGUCCCCGCUGCUGGUGGUGGUGGUCAACGAGGUGGUGAAGCUGCACGAGAUACGAGUGCGAGUUCGCUACCAGAAGAGACAGAAGCUGCAGUUUGAAACUAAGCUGGGGAUGAACUCUCCGUUCUGACGCGUUCCCUGAGAGGAAAUGGUUGCUGUGGCGAUAGUGGCAGCCAUCUAGUACUGGAAACCAGAGGAAGCAGGGUGCAAACACUGCAGAACACUUCAGCCAACAGCACUGAACCAUGAAGUGAAGCAGGUAUCAACCAAAUGCCACAGUGGGGGCUUUACACACUGACGCAAAUGUUUAACUCCAUGAGGGCAGGGGAAAUCCAAAGGACUCGUUUUCAUUUCAAACAAAAAAAGAGCCAAAAAAAGGCAAAUAUUUAUUGUCUGGUUUAGGUUUAACGGCAUGAUGAAUGUUUUCUGAAGAGGUGUAUGCUUUCUCACUAUCACAUGGGUUCUCCAUCUCUGGGAGAAGUGUGCAUGGUCGCCCCCCCCCGUCCCAAACACAUCACACUGAGUCUGAUCCUCACAGGAAAACACUUAACUGUGUAGCCCUAAAGUGUUCAUUAUUAAAUAACUGAAUCUGUCAUUAUAUAAUAGAUCAUCACAUUUUAUUGAAAAUAUAAAAGGAAUAAUCCCAUUUUUAAAAAAAAAUGAUUUCAGAAAAAAUAAAACGGAUACAAAAAACAUGUCUAUAAUGAAACAAAUAAGAUUCCCAAAGAAACUCUUUCAUUAUUUGGCACAUUUUUGGCUUAUUUAUAUAUUUUACACUAUUUAUUUGUAUGAUUAUCUAUUUCAUACUGCUUUUAUGAUUUAAUACUGAACACUCUAUAUGUAACAAGGUGUUUGUUCACCUGAGUUGGGUGCUCUGAACCAUUCGCCUGUUGAGCCACAUUGAAAUCUGCCCUGAUAACCUGCCAGUCAACGGUCCCUUUUGUUUUUAUUCACUUUUAAACUAAUGUUCUUUGUUGGUACCAAAUUCCUGAGCUAAACCGAGUCUGUUGUAACACAAUAAGGGCUGAAGAUUCAAGUUGUUUUCUACACACAUACCUGCAUUAGAAUAUAUACUGUAAAGUCAUCUAAGUGAAGAAUGUGCCAGCAUGCUGCUUUGAACACACGCAUCUGGCUGUGCAGUCAUCUGUGAUCAGUGAGCAACUACUGCAUCAAUAAGCCUGUUUAUUCUGGGAUGCUCACAUGCAUCCUCGUCUUGUGAAAGGUGCUUCACAUCAGUCAGUUGCCUUUCUCCACACCUCCACAGACAGGAGCUCAGGACACUGUUUGUUUGAAAUGAUAGGAAUUGAAGUAGAUUUCAUCUAUUGCCCCAGAUUUAAUAUUUGAACUGCUGAACAUCAUAUUCGAAGUGUCCCCAUUGAUGUCCUGUGUUCAGUAAUGUGAAGCAGCAGACGUCUGUAUCACUCGGGGUCUUUUUCAAUCAGACCAGCCUUCUGUGUGGUGCUGUCAUGAUUUUAAAUAGACAGGAUUUGUAAUGUUGCUACUGUAUUCAGUUGGAUGAUGCCAUUUCUUAGUAUCACAUUACUCCAGAAAUCCAAUGCUUUGAUGCCACUCUUAAACAAGUCAUUCUUGUCAGUGCUGGAUAAAGCGUUAAAGAAGGAAUUAGCCAAUCAACUUUUCAGAAAAUGUAUAAUAUCCUGAUAUUUAUAUCAAUAUUGUGAUAUACUGUAAUUUAGUUUAUUUUUGACUGAUUUCAUUAAUGUGGGAAUCACGUCACAUUUCCAUAUUAUGUUACAAUUUUUACUUCACUUUUAUAAUCUUUUAUCGCUCACCCCCAAACCCAAACACAUCUGCAGUCAAUCAAAUAGAACAGAAUAAUUGACAGAUGUCCUGAGGGAUGUUGGUUGUUCAGCCUUGAUUCUUGUUUACUUGUAUUCUUAAUGUAAAGAUGGCAUCAAACAUGAUCUUAAAUCUUCUGUUGAACCUCUGCUCCUUUUGAUCUCUGCCUGUUUUGAGCUGUUCCACUCAUACAAAUGCUUUUUUAAGUUCCACAUUUAAAGUGGGGGUGUAUGUGAAGCGGUACAAGUCAUAGAGUGCAAAAGCACAAUCUGGUUUUACGGUUCUACUCGUGAUGACUUGACAAAAAGUCAGCAUGAAACUACUGAAGACAAUAUUCCUGGUUUUAUUAUUUGUUAGCCCCGUUACAUACUUGUGGACUAUGCUGCAUGAAUAAGACCCGGUGAAUGCUGUCUUGAUCAAUGUACGUGUACUGUGUAGUUCUACUGUUCUGUUUGUAACACGUACUGUUACCAUGCCUCUGGUACAGCUGCAUCUUCACGCACAUGCUACGAGCUGAACCUCUGUCAGAUGAUUAGGGUGGAGGGGGGGUGAUGGACUAUGAUAUAGUAGUUCACAAGAUACAUAAAUGUAUAUUUUGUAUUUUUUAAAGUGUCUGUUCAGGAAUUUUGAGAAAUGUAAUUGUAUAUUGAUUAUGUCGUGUUAAUAAAUAUGCUCUUUUA